AAAUGCGCGCAAAGGGGACCUCUUCAGUUAACGCAGUGCAAUAUUUAGGCAGUAUCGAAACUGAGAAGCAAAUCAGCCACCGCGUUUCUCCGUAACCCGGUCGCAUUCGUCCUCCCUCCGUCUCGCCAUUAACAGGCCCAAGGCGAACCCAUGUCGAUAACUCAGCCGAGUCCGACUCAAGAAGAACGAGCCCAACACUUUGAGACCCAUCAGCGGAGAAUUAUAAUAAAAAACCAGCAUGGAGAGAAGCUUGUGGGAAUAUUACAUGACACAGAUCAAAAGGAGCUGGUUAUAUUGUGCCAUGGGUUUCAAUCCUUGAAGGAACGCAUUCCCAUGGUGAACCUUGCUGCUGCUCUAGAAAAUGAAGGAACCAGUGCCUUCCGUUUUGACUUUGCUGGCAAUGGGGAAAGCGAAGGUUCCUUCCAGUAUGGUAACUACCGUAGAGAAGCUGAUGAUUUACGAGCAGUAAUCCAACACUUCCAUAGGAAGAAAUAUGUAAUAACUGCAAUUGUUGGGCACAGUAAAGGGGGCAAUGUGGUGCUCUUGUAUGCUUCAAUGUUUAAUGAUGUUUCGAUAAUUGUCAAUAUUUCUGGCCGUUUUAAUCUGGAGAGAGGCAUUGAAGGCCGCUUGGGUAAAGACUAUUUACAAAGAAUCAAGCAAAAUGGAUUUAUUGAUGUUAGGAAUAAAAGAGGGAUUUUUGAGUAUCGUGUGACUGAAGAAAGUUUGAUGGACCGUCUGAGUACAGAUACUCAUGCAGCCUGCCUUAUGAUUCAGCAAAACUGCAGGGUAUUGACAAUCCAUGGAUCCAAGGAUAAAAUUGUACCGGUUGAGGAUGCCCUAGAGUUUGCCAAGUUCAUACCUAAUCAUAAACUACACAUUAUACAAGGAGCCGAUCAUGAAUACACUUCACACCAAGAUGAGUUGGCUGCAGUUGUGCUUGAUUUUAUCAGAGAACAGUUUCAUCAGGACAGGGAUGCAUCCACGCGAUCACUGCCACCCACAAAACUUGACAGAUCAGUAAAUUCUCGAUUGUGACACAUUUUCAUUAAUAUAAUGAAAAUACAGAACUGCAGGACAAUACGAGGGAUUGGUGGUUGAAAUACAUUGGGAGAAUGCCUCUAUGUGAAUAAGUGAGGAUUACCCUACGUUGUAUUGACCUCAACUACAGGUUGAACCAGCAGGGUUUCUUGCUUGGCCACUCAUCUGGAAUCGGAAGUUGUUGUCGGUCGUAAAAUCGUGUUAUAAGUAUGAUUCAUUAAAACAAUAUGAAAGCUCAGAAAAAAGAAAACAUAAUCCCAAAGUCUAGUAAAUGAAUGAUAUGAUCAUAAAAAUCAUAAAAAUAAGAAUGAUAUGAUCAUAAAAAUAAUCACUAAAAACUCCAGCUCUCAAUCAUCCAACCACAAUUUCAUUGGACUGCUGUCAAGUAGCCAUGAAGAAGCUGGAAGAGAUGAAAAGGGGUUACAGUUUUGUUAGUUGCGUUGUAACUGUCGUCGUUUACUUUGGUGGAAAAGCUGUAAGUCGUGUUAUGUGAAAGUAGUAAUUGUUGUGAUAGAACGGUGUCCUUUGCAUUAGUAGAACGGUGUUCGUUUAACUUUGAAUAAUUGUGAAGGAUCAUACGAUGAAGAUUGAUAUUCAUCAUCA